GAGCCAGUCCAUGGAUGUGGAGGGCAACAAGCAGUAUCGUGGGAAACUCUACAUCCUGAACGAUGCCGCCGCCUGGCAAGAGGCCGGGACCGGUCAUGCGUGUGGCGCCCAGCGAAGUGGCAUGCGACAGCAGACCGUGAGGUCCGUCGUGGGAACCGGGCAGCAGCGCCGACUGCAGUUCAAAGAUGAGGAUAGUGAGGGCCUUGAGCCAGCUUUCUUGCAAGAGGAUAAUACCGAGCAUGCUUUCUUCAAGGAGAGCCGUGGGCAGGUGCUCCAUGACCGGCCGGUCUUUGCACAGGAUGUCUACCAGCUGCAGGGCGAAGGCGCCCAGAAGACCAUCAUCGUCUGGGAGGAUGAGGAGGACCAGAAAGACUGGGCAUGGGGCUCAGAACGCGACUGUGGCGCACUGCCGUCUAGACCCAUGCCGCCCAAAGCCAAGCGUGUAGCGAAGCGCCCGGCGGCACGGGCACAGCCGGAGGAGGACCCGGAGGCUGCCACAGGCUCGCAAGGGACUUUGCCCAAGGCGGACCCAGCGGCCUCUGCAAAACGAAGCCGCGUAUGCCGCGUGAAGGAGGAAAGAGAGGAAUGGUGGGCCGGCAGGAGCUUACAGCAGCUGGAGCAGUGCUUUAAGAAAGAGCUGGCGCUCUUCUUGAAGACCAGCUACGUAGAUCCGGACCGAAUCCCGCGCCGGAAGCUGGUCUACUUCCGCCGAAACUAUCUGGAAGUCCCAGGGCUUCGAAAGGGAUGCGAACGCAUCAUCGAGGAGAUCAACUCCAAGGCCAACGAGCGGCUCCGCAAGAUUGUGCCCGAUGCUCAGACAUGGCAGGACCUCCUGGAGAAGGAGAUGUUGGCAGAUUACCUCCUGGGAGGCUUGGCGGAGACCCGAGGCUCUUUGACCUUGCGCCAGUUGCCCUUCCCCUCAUCCUUUGGAGAGAAGCCUCCUCAGAAGGACUUGCCUGUGGGGCUCGCAAUGAAGCUCCGGGCAGGCUUGGAAGAUUGGUUCUAUGAUGAUCUGCGAAAAUGGGUGGCUUUGGCAGAGCAGAGUCUCGGUGCUGCCCAGCUCUCCCGGCUACUUUUCGGAGAUGAGGCGGACCACGUGGAAGUGAAGGUCCAGGGCCUGGGUUUCUCGGUCUCUUUCGUUCUCCCUGAGUCCACCAGCCUGCAAGAGUUGGCCGAGCUUGCGGACGAGCACCUGCUCAUGAAGUGGCAAGAAAAGCGGCAGCGGGAAGGACAGAAUCCCGGUUCCUGGCUGAUCGAAGUGGUCGAUGGUUGGCGUCGCAAACGAGCUUGCGAAGUACUGCAGAAGGUCCUGGAUGCCACUUGUCCUGCACAUGCUGAUAGACAAGUUGUGCAGCGCAUUCGCGCCAUCGAGACGCUCUGCAAGGGACGCCUUGAUGCCGGGUUACAGCAUUUGCCGUCGCUAGUUGAUCUCAAACUGAAUGGCGGGGGCAUCUCGGAGAACGAUGCUUGCCGAAUCCACAGAGAGUGCAAAUCCUUGUUCCCAUGCACGCGCAUAGACUCCGGCUUCCAUGGCGAUGGGCUUGGGCUGGAAAAUGGUCCGGACACCGAAUACCUGGAGUCGGCGCCUGGAGUCGCGACAGUGGGUGUUUUGCCUGCCCCUGAAGAUCAGCUGUACCUCGGUCACAUGGAUGACCCGGUUGGUGCAGACAUUGUGGUCAAGCUUAGCUGGAUAAAGCUUUGGGAUGCCGAGCUCCGAAUCGAAGUCGUGGCCCAUGUGCCGAAGGACUGGAAGCGCCCAUAUACGCUGGUCCGUCACGAACUCCGGGAGUCCUUCCACAGUGCGGAGGAGCAGCGUAAUCUGAGCGACCUCCAGAGCCUCAAGGACCUGUCCUUCAUCUUCCAGAUAGUGAAAGGCGUCUUCCUGUUUGCCACCCAUAGCCUCACGGAGCGGUACCUGGCGGAGGAUGUCUAUGAGGUCCUUGGCAUGCUGGAGCUGGACGAGUCCCUGCCCCCAGAGAAGCGGAUGCCGCACCGGCAGGACAUGAACAACUCCAAGCUCGAGUUUAAUAACGCACAGCGGGCAGCGAUUGGCAGUGCGGAUUUCUGCACGACCGGAGCCAUGCAAUGUAGCCGUGCCCUGGCGCUGCUCACCUGGGCACUGCUGCCAGCAAGCGUUGCUAGCAGCUUCUUCUCGCCGAGCCUCAGGAUCCCGCAGCCCUGGCAUCCCGGCCUGGCGCGGGUGAAAGGCCCGGACGGCAGGCUCAGCCUGGUCCGCAAGGUCCAAGAGCCCUUGGUGCAGGCGGCAGGCGAGGCGGGCCAGCGCUGCCCAUGCCCCGCUGAGGUCACGAGGCUUGUUUUGCAUCCGCUGCGGCUCUCCAUCCAAAACCUCCAGGGUCCUGCCAGCAGAAGGCACCCUCCAAGGAAGUUGCCAAGGGUGAAGAAGCCGAUGCCAGCAGCACGCCAUAGCGAGGACAUGGAUGUUCUGGAGACCUCGAUCGCUGGACGAAGCGCAGUUGAGGAAAUGGCUGGUGCAAGCAACAUCCACACCUGUGGUGUCUCCCGUCGCUGGCAAGCCGCGCUUCAUCUUCUGGCGAAGGAGGCGAUGACAACGCCCACGGAAACACGAAGUCUGAACAUGGUGCUUGCAGUGCUGGUCAAAGCAGGCCGCUGGCACCAAGCAUGGCAAGUCUUUCUGGAGAUGAAGACCAAAGUUCAGAUUAAUGCGAUCACCUACAACACAGCCCUUAGCAGUUGCGUGCAGGGUGCAUGUUGGCAAAGUGCCCUACAGCUGCUUUGGACUAUGGCUAGCUCUCAUGUGCUUGCAAAUGAGAUCAGCAUCAAUACGACCAUCACCGCCUGUGAAAAGGCGGGGCACUGGUCUGUUGCCAUGCAGCUCCUAGCAGACAUGCCUCAAGCUGAACUUGAAGCAGACACCAUAAGCUACAAUGCUUCCAUCAGCGCUUGCGGACGAGGUUCGAGGUGGGACGUAAGCUUACAGCUACUGUCGGAGAUGUCCGGCCGGCAGCUCCGAGCCAACACCAUCAGCUACAAUGCCGCAAUCAGCGCUGCUGAGAAGGCUGGAAAGUGGCAGACGGCUCUCCAGCUGCUUUUCGACAUGCCGUCACGAGCUAUUCUCCCAGAUCGCAUAAGUUUCAACUCUGCAAUUAGUGCAUGCGAGAAGGGUGGGCAGUGGGAUGUUGCACUGCUGCUGUUGCAUGGCAUGGGGAUUGCAAGUAUCGCUGCCAACCUGGUAAGCUUCAACGCUGCUAUCAGCGCAUGCGAGAAGGCCGGGCAAUGGGACAAGGCACUGGCACUGUUGUUUGGAUUGUCAACUGCUGACCUACUGCCGGAUAGCAUCAGCUACAAUGCGGCCAUCAGCGCUUGUGCCACAAGUUCAGAAUGGCAGCUCGCUUUGUUUUUGCUGACUGCCAUGCCUCGGGCCAUGGUUCGUGCAAGUGAGAUCAGUUUCAGCGCAGCAAUCCAUGGUUGCGCCUGGAGGGGCUCUGAGCAGUGGCAGACGGCCUUGCGAUUGCUUUCUGGCAUGGCAGAUGGUCAGUGCAGUGCCAACGAGGUCACGAUCGGUUCUGCAAUAAGUGCCUGUGAAAAGGGGCUGCAGUGGCAGAUCGCACAGCAGCUUCUCACAAAAGUGCUGGUGUGGUCUUUGCGCUGCAACUACGUCCACAUCGCAGCCACGAUCAGUGCGUCGGAGAAAGGUGAAGAAUGGAGACUUGCACUUGAACUGCUUGCUGCGAUGUUGCGAGCACCGCUCCGGCCCAACGAUGUCAGCGUCAAUGCUGCCAUCAGCGCCGUGGGUAAAGUGGGCGAGUGGCAGGCGGCUCUGUAUCUUCUUGCUGGCCUUGGCCAUGCACAGACGGGCGCAGACGAAAUCAGCCACAGCAGCACCAUAAGUGCUUGUGAGAAAGGCUCAAUGUGGCCAAAGGCUCUUCAACGAUUAUCAGCCAUGUCCCAGUCACGAUUUCUCCCGAACGAGAUCUGCUUCAACGGAGCCAUCAGUGCCGGUGAGAAGGCCGGUUGCUGGAAGAGCUCUUUGCAUCUGCUUUAUCAAAUGGAUCGGACUCGCAUCGGAGCUUCUGACAUAUCCUACAAUGCGGCCAUCAGCACUUGUGAGAGAAAGGUCCGGAGACGGUCGGAUGGUUGGCAUGGAAGCAGACGAUUCACGAUGGAUUGUCAAUAG